GAAUACACAUAAUUUUCAGUAUCGAUUGGGUGAACACGUAUCUCGGGCAGCUCCGCAUUUAAGGUUCCGGUGAAAAUUAUCUAAGAAUUGAAAAAGAAAAUUUGAAAAAAAAGUAAAAAAAAUGGGUGAUCAACGCGGAACUCGUGUAUAUGUUGGAAAUUUGACUGACAAAAUUAAGAAAGACGAUCUGGAAGGAGAGUUCACAAAAUAUGGUAAAUUAAAUUCUGUCUGGAUAGCUUUCAAUCCACCAGGUUUUGCAUUUGUCGAAUUCGAGCAUCGUGAUGAUGCACAAAAAGCCUGCGAUGUAUUAAACGGCACCGAGCUAUUGGGUUCCCAAUUGAGGGUAGAAAUCAGCAAGGGACGUCCACGACAAGCAGGAGGCCGUCGUCAGGGUGGCCGAGGUGGAGGCCGUGAUGGCGGAAGACGAGAUGGUGGAUUCGGUGGCCGCCGUAGUGGAAGCAGUGGAGGAGGGGGAGGAUUCAGGCCACGAAACUCAAGUGGUGGACGUUAUCAAGAUCGCGGAUACGGCGGUGGUUCUGGUGGCGGUCGCUCCGGUGGUGGUGGCUAUGGACGUGAUAGCUAUUCCGGAGGCGGCCGUUCAGGUGGCGGAUAUGGACGUGAUGGCGGUGGUGGAGGCUUCAGUCGCCGUGAUUCAUAUGGACGCGAUGGUAGUCAAGGUGGAGGACGCUCAUUUGGUCAAGGAGGUGGUGGCGGCGGUGGUCGUUUCAGGUCACGUUCUCCAAUGGGCCGAUUCUAAGCAUCGUAUCAUCUAAACACACACAUACAUACACAACAAAUCUGCAAUAACAAUAGCGCGAACGAGAUAAAAUGAACAAGUAAGAGCUUCGUUGUUUUAUAUUAAAAAAACCAAGAAAUUACAUUCAAAAUUACUACGUUUUAAGCUGCGCUAGACAAACAUUUUAGUAAGACUUUGCAAAGUUUGUUUUUGUGAAACAUUCGAUACGUAUCUACUAAAUUUUUUUUUUUGUAAGAAACUCGUCCUAGUGGUAUAAGUCGUAAUUUUAGAUAUUUUCCUCCCAAAAAAAACCCAAAAAUUCUUCCCUCUGUCCUUCAUCCCAUAAAGAAAAAAAAACCAACUCGAAUCAACUCCAAUGUUAAAGAACAAAACGUCAAAAACAAGAAAAAAUAGUUAGGUCUCGAUUGUAUGAUGACUAACACGAAAAGUAUUUUUUAAAUGCAAGAGAACUUAAAAAAAAGACGAGCUAGAUGUAUGCAAAAGAGUGAGAGAGAAAAAGAAACACGGGCUGGUCGCCGUUGAAAGCAAAGCAAAAAAACACAUUUGCCAAAACAGUACAUACUACAAUAUAUUUUCACUAACGUUGAGAGAGAGAACAGAGAGCUGAUUUGAAUUGAUUAUAAAAACAACUUUAAUUUUAAGUUCUUUACCUCUUUUUAUAAUUCCAACCCCCUCUCAUAUCUUCUACUACUACUUAAACUUCCCUUCGAAGACUCAAAAGAAAAAUAUUUAUAACAAACAAUUAUUUUCUUUUUUAAACACUACGUAAUACUACGAUAAGUUUGUACGUCACAUAGAACAAAAGAAAAAUGCUAAAAUGAUGAUGAAGGAGGAGACAAGAAAAUUUAAAUAAGACGUUUUAAAGAAAGUCCAUACGCAUGCAAGCUACGAUAAGCUGAGAUUUAUGUGUGUAACCUGUCAAGAAACAAACAAAAAAAAGAAACUAAAGUAAACCAAACAACGAAUGAAAUAUUUAUCAACUUCUCUCGUACUAUUUCUGUAUAGCAUAACACAGUAUUCCAAGAAACAAGAAAGAAAAAUGAAAAAAAUACAUUAAA